AUGCGCACAUUGGUUGAGUUCUCACUCCCUCUCAUGCCAAACGGCAUGCGCACAUUAGUUGAGUUCUCACUCCCUCUUGUGCCAAACGGCAGGUACACAUUGAUUGAGUUUUCACUCACCACUCGUGCCGAACGGCAAUCGUACAUCGGUCGAGUUUUCACUCACCCUACUUGUCUUUGGCCCCUUCUACCGUUUCUUUCCAAUCUGCCAAGCUCUCCCUUGCUUGAGGACUUGGGGGACUACAUGAAUACCAUCGGCAAGACAAGGGAUGAUGCUCGUAUCCGGGUCAGAAUGUCGAAGAUCAAAGAUAAGCAAGUUCCUAACCAAGAAGUCCCUUCUUAA